AUUGUAAAGCAAAGUGGAAGGAUAACAUUUCUACUUUCCCCACUCCGCAGCUGCUUCUAUAUUACUACCGAAGGAGCUGAACAGCGUCAUUCGCCCUCGCCGCACGUCAGAGACUCGUCGUCGCAGGAACUAAGAGCUUGUCGCAGAAAGCAUGGCCAAGCAUCAUCCAGAUUUGAUUAUGUGCCGAAAGCAGCCGGGAAUUGCUAUCGGACGCCUUUGUGAGAAAUGUGACGGGAAGUGUGUAAUCUGUGACUCCUAUGUGCGCCCUUGCACACUGGUUCGCGUUUGUGAUGAAUGCAACUAUGGGUCCUUUCAGGGUCGCUGUGUUAUUUGUGGAGGAGUGGGAAUUUCUGAUGCCUACUAUUGCAAGGAGUGUACGCAGCAGGAGAAAGAUAGGGAUGGAUGUCCAAAAAUUGUUAAUUUAGGGAGUGCAAAAACAGACCUAUUUUAUGAACGCAAGAAAUAUGGUUUUAAGAAAAGAUGAUGAGUAGUGGAAAGACAUAUAUCCGUCGCUUUUAAACUGCCUUGCUUUUCUGUUGCUCUGCUUGAGAUGAUGAUCCUUGAUGUGUGUUGAUCCUCCAGAUGACGAGCAUAGCAUAAACAUAUAUGCUUCUUUUUUAGACUACUUUUAUGUACUUCAAUAUCGAUGAAGAUGACAGAAUUUGAAAUGUUGGAGCUUUGUUAAGGUCUUGUGUGUAUGCUCAUAGACAUUACCAAGUUUUCAUUUGCUGAA